AUGGGUUUGGGUAAAUCUGAGAAGAAGGGAAGAAUUAAAAGACUGCUAAAGGACAAGCAUGUUGAUAUUGUUUUUUUCCAAGAAACCAAGCAAGCUGUGGACUCUGAAAAUGUUGCUAGAAAGCUUUGGGGGUACAGAAAUAUGGAAUUCAUGUCUGUGGAUCCUGUAGGCUCUGCUGGUGGACUUCUAUGCAUAUGGGACCCUUCAGUGUUCCAAUUAUCUGGCUGCUGCUGCACCAGGAGAAGCUUUUCUUUUGCCGAUCAAAAAAAAAAUUAUGUGUAUGCUUAUUUGAAUCGUGCUGAUGUUCAAGAGGCCCUACAUGCCAAUGUAACCAAACUCAGUUAUGAUUGGGAACCAUGCAGUCGAGUCAUCAGACGUUGGGAAGAUAGUCCAUCAACAAUUAUUCCCCUCCUCCAAGAGCUAAUGGCAAAUGGACUUCGAGUGUGGGUGUUUAGCGGUGACCUAGAUGGAAGGUUACCAGUGACUUCAACCAAGUAUUCUAUUAAUAAGAUGAAGCUUCAUCUUAAGACUCCAUGGCAUCCCUGGUAUCUCAAUGGAGAGGUUGGUGGGUACACUGAAGUAUACAAGGGGGACCUAACAUUUGCAACAGUAAGAGGAGCAGGGCACCAGGUUCCAAGCUACCAGCCUGCAAGGGCACUUUCACUUAUUAUGCACUUCCUGGCUGGGACUCCUCUCCCCAAUUCUACAACACUUCUUCAAUAACUAUUAGACCUUUUUUUUUUUUUCCCUGUUCUACUAUAAUCAACAUUGUUUUCUGCUUGUUCCAAGGCCUCUAUUUAUUUUUUUGUUUUUGUUUUUCAAUUAUAUUUUAGGUCUAAUUAUAGCGUUUGAUUAAGGUUUAGCACCAUUUUUCAUUUCAUUUCCAAUGGUAAUUUAUCAUUAUUUGGGAAAAUAAUUAAUGUCUAUUGUAUGAAGCAAUUUAUAUUUUAUAAUAAUCAAUUUGUUGUUUACCUGCCA